UUUGUUUCGAGGUUAGCGUUUGUUUUGGUCUGAGCAAAUCUGUUGGACUUUGGUUCGAGAACUUCCUGUACUCUGACCAGUGCUCUUGUGUUGCUCAAUAAAGGUGCAGUAACAGGGCACCUGUGCACAUCUGCCUGUGGUUUGAAUGAAUGCUAACAUUUUCCCUGUGCCUGACUGACUGACACUUCGGCAAAGACAACUGCCUGCGCUAAGAAAUUAGACCUUGUAGGCUCUUCACUUCUGAAAUCUUAAGCUGACAUCACUUGACGUUCCGUUCUGAAGCCUCUGCCAAGCUGAAAUGCCACCUGCAAUCGGAGGACCCGUGGGGUACACCCCUCCUGAGGGAGGCUGGGGGUGGGCCGUGGUGGCUGGUGCCUUCAUCUCCAUCGGCUUCUCCUAUGCCUUCCCCAAGUCCAUCACUGUCUUCUUCAAAGAGAUUGAGGUCAUCUUCAAUGCCACCAGCAGCCAGGUCUCCUGGAUCUCUUCCAUCAUGCUGGCUGUAAUGUACGCUGGAGGUCCCAUCAGCAGUAUCCUGGUGAACAAGUAUGGCAGCCGUCCCAUCAUGAUCGCUGGUGGCUGCCUGUCGGGCUGUGGGCUGGUGGCGGCCUCCUUCUGCAACACCGUGGGGCAGCUCUAUUUCUGCGUGGGAGUGGUGGGAGGUUUGGGAUUGGCCUUCAACCUCAACCCUGCCCUGACCAUGAUUGGCAAAUAUUUCUACAAGAAACGCCCUAUUGCCAACGGCAUUGCUAUGGCUGGCAGCCCGGUCUUCCUGUCCACUCUGGCCCCUCUCAACAGCUGGUUCUUUGACCAUUUUGGCUGGAGAGGCAGCUUCCUGAUCCUGGGCGGCUUGCUGCUCAACUGCUGUGUGGCUGGGUCCCUCAUGAGGCCAAUCGGGCCCAAGCCACAGGUCGCCAAGAAGGUGCCCAGCGAUGCCCUGCAGGAAACUGGGAAGGCAGGCGAUGCAGGAGUCGCCACUGACCUCCUGGCGGGCAAGCCCAAGGAGAAGAAAACGGUCUGGCAGAAGGUCAACACCUUCAUUGACCUCAGCCUGUUCACACACCGGGGCUUCCUGCUGUACCUGCUGGGCAAUGUUGUCAUGUUUUUCGGCCUCUUCUCUCCUCUGGUCUUCCUCAGCAACUACGCCAAGAGCAAGGACAUUGCCAAGGAGAAGGCCGCCUUCCUGCUCUCCAUCCUGGCCUUUGUGGACAUGGUGGCCCGGCCCUCCAUGGGUUUCGUGGCCAGCACCAAGUGGGUGAGGCCCAGGAUCCAGUACUUCUUUGCAGCUUCCAUCCUGUACAACGGGGUGUGCCAUAUGCUGGCCCCCCAGUCUGAAGGCUACACUGGCUUUGUCAUCUACUCCAUCUUCUUUGGGUUCGCCUUCGGCUGGCUGAGCUCCGUCCUGUUCGAGACGCUGAUGGACCUGGUCGGGGCGCAGCGGUUCUCCAGCGCUGUGGGCCUGGUGACAAUUGUGGAGUGCGGCCCUGUGUUGCUGGGGCCUCCUCUGCUGGGCAGUUUGAACGACAUUUACCACGACUACAAGUACACCUACUAUGGCUGUGGCAUCAUCAUGAUCAUCGGUAGCAUCUUCCUCUCUGUGGGGAUGGGCAUUAACUACAGGCUCCUGGAGAAGGAGCAGAAGGCCGAGGAGCGCAGGGAAAAACAGGAGGCCAGGGAGGAGGACACGAACAUUGACGGAGCCAUCAUGGAGAAGGAGGCCAGCAAUGACGCGACCCCGCAGAAAGCGGAUGAGGAGUUGAAAGCAGCAGAGGAGAAGGUGUAAUGCCCUGUUUUGGGGACUGGGGUGUGGGGAACCAGCCCCUUAGUCUUCCAUUGGUAUCCGUCCUGAGCUGAAAACGUGUAUCUAGUGCCUUUUUUAAAAAACAAAGUAUUCCACUUGGUCCAGGUGCCAGCAGUAUUUAUAAAGCAAAUAUUCUAGUUCCUGUCAACCCUGGAAGUACUGUAAAUGAUUCCCCUCUGCUCCUGUUUCAUCAGUUUGGAAAAAUCCUUCUGGAGAAGGUUUUUAUAAAUACUGCUGCAAGCUUAGACUGAGUUGUUGCAAACCAUAUGGGUAUGUUGAUAGUUGUGCUUUAAAAAUCUCAAUGGCUGCAUUCCACAUGUAUCAGGUCUAUUGAGAUGGAGAGCAAAAAAAAUAGCGAUCACUGUGAUAUUGGGUAGCACAGGUUGUAGAUGGUCCCUUCUUUGACAGGAACACUUCCAUGUUGACGCCAUUUUGGUAUGCUGGUGACUUUAGUGCAAUGCUAGUUUUUAAGAAUCUUGUCCGGAUUGAACUUCGCACAUUUUGUAUUGUGCCUCUUUUGAGCUGUCCUGCAUUUCCGUACAAAUGAGCACAUGUCAAAGGGUUUGAACACCGCAAGUCAGAAGACUGACCUUUCCAUGGUAAAUUCCAGCCUUGAUGCUUUAAUGCUGGGCAAAAGCAAGGAAUGUGCCAUCAGAGUGCUGGGAUUGAAAUUUGCAUGUCACAGAUUUGAUUAAGUUUGGGUCAGUGUUCCUGUUCUUGCGUGUAUGUAGGUUUGGAGAUUGUGUAUGGUGACUUCAGGUUGAAACCCACCUUCUCGGGAGAUGAAACAUUUCUGUGGAGCUCUUGGAUUCCUGAGAUAACCACAAAGUGUGUGUGUGUAUAUAUAUAUAAGGUGAUCCUAUUAAGAUGCCUAUUGCUCCACUGUUUGCCUUACCAAGACCUCUUUAGCCUUCCUAAGGUUUUUUUAAUUGCAAUCACAAAUUCGGUAAUAGUACACCCCUGGCUAUUUUGGUCUACAGUCUUCCACAGUGCCUCUUGGGUGGAAGUUGGUAUCCAUCAGCAUCAAAAGUCCUUUGUUAAUUUCCUUCACCACCUCUUCCACUCACCAGUGUAAUUCUGAAUCCGGGAUCAUUCCUCAGAUAUGGCUCUGGCCCUCUGUUUCUAUGCAUCUAUCAGGAAGGGACUAAACCUAAACGUCUGUGCAGUAUGAAGACUUUUUAAUGUUUUUAUUCAUUGAUGUACAAUAAAUUGCUUUUUAUGUAGAUUUUUUUGAACUGAUAAGGUUGAUACCAGCUAUGAUACCUGUUAAGCACCAGCAUAGUGAUUGACAUUUGUCUUGUCAUACAGUUUAUGCAACAGAAGCCAAUUGCUGACCCCUCCUUUGUCAGGAAAUAUCUGGCUUAGUGGUACACUAAUGGCAUUCCGUAGACGGACAGUGUGAAACUUUUUGAUUUUAUUUGAACACUGUGCCUUGAUGCCUGGAAGCAGGGAGUUUAGUGAAUACUAAAACAUGAAAGUGUUAACCAUGUGUUCUUAGCAGUGCUAUAGGUUAGACAUCUUGAAAACUAAUUUACGUGAAUUCUAAGCUUUUGUGUGUAGACUGAUCAUCUAAGGGUCAGUCUCCUGGGUUUGUACAUCUGCCUCUAGUUCCCGGACAAGCUUCGUGGACAACAAAAGGGGGGAGUGUUGUGGGAGGGCAAGAUGUCAAAACCCCGGGAGUGGUUUACUGGUCUGUCCCUCAUUCCAAAUUGUGUGAAGCACAAGGAAUCGGAUAUGGAAAGGCUUCUGUUCAAAGUCUGGGCCUACCUAGAUUUAGUCUGAAUCCUAAUGUAUUGCUUCAGGCUGGGCAGUGUGCAGUUAGCCAAGAGAUGCCAGUAUUGUCAUUGUCAGAUGUUUUUGUCCCUCUGCCUGUGCUCCAUUUACACUCCAAGCUGGGGGCAAAUUGUGCUAAUAUAAGGGGUGUAAUGGUAAUCCAAGCUGACUAAUGACAAGCAAUUCCAUCUUGGACUCUAAAGCUAGAAUUGGAAAUGCAUUAAAUUGAAUAAGUCAAUGUAAAAGUAUUUAGGUAGCAGAUAGUCAAAUUGUGUACUCACGCUUGGGGGGGGGGGGGUUGCUAAAGGGAAUUUAAAUCACCUCCUGGAUCCAAUCAAAGACUGGAUUUAGUCUUUUUGGUGUGUCAAGCAGCCAUUUACUGUGGGAAUAGUAACUGGCCAGAAAUGCCAUGCACUAAUGUUUUCAAUGUAGACUGCAAGUUACGUUUCACAGCAUAUCAGACUUGGCAGGAUAAUUGAACUGUCUGGCAGAUUCAGUAUAUAAAUUUUGACAGGAACUAUAAAUUUAGCAGAUGUCCUCUGUGUGUAGUAACAUUUCUUAAAAUCCAUCCAGCUAAGUCUACAACUGAAAAAUUCACUUCAUAGUAUUGCAAUCUUUACAGUUUUUACAAAGAUGCUUGGUAUUGUUAGCAUAAUAUCAGGCUUUGUAGUAUGUGCACGAUUAAUUCAAAAGUAAGGUACCUCUUUUGGAUUAGACAAGAUUCUUCAGGAGCAUUUUAUAGGACCAUGGAUUAUCCUAUAAUCCCGUUUCACAGGCUGAGAGACCUUUAGGGUUUUGUUCAUCACUUGCUGUCCAUUUAUGCCGUCAGAUUAAUUGAUUUUUGCUUAAUUUUUCUACAGGCCAAUAGUCCUCUUAAAUACCCAAGAGGGACCAUAAAAGAGCAUCAGGCUUCUCAUUCCCUGUUAUGAAAUGAUCCGUUCUUAGAAUCUGUAGAAAGACAUCUUGUUGUUGAGGAAUGAUUGUGAUUGCUGGAAAGCCCUGCAUGUUUAGAUUAUAAGUUUCCCGGGGAGGUUUGGAAACAGAUGGCCUCAUCCCUGUCCUACAGACAAUGUCCCCAUUGUCCCAGUUUGCACUGUGCCUGUACAUUUGCUGAUCUUUUCCAUUGUGCACUGUUGAAGUAGUUUGUUGUGCCUACAUUCAUAUCCUCUAAUAACUGACAGCACAGGUCUGUGGGUUCGUGCUUCCUCUGGCCAUGUUGGCGAAACAUUGAACUUGGACUUCAGCCUGCUCACUUCAGCCUUUGACUAAAUCAUUGGCAUCACGGGUCUAAUGAGGACACCAGCAGAGAUGAAUUUAUAAAACCUUCAUUGCUGCAUGUGUCCACAUUCAUCGCCUGAGCAGGCAGCCACCAGAGCCUGCAUCUUUCUUGAUCUUCAGUGACUGGUGAUGGGGUUGGGUUAAAAUGAGCUGUGAAUAGAACUGACCUUAUUUGAAUGAGUGGUGUUGAACCACAUCCUAAAACUUGCCUUUACCAUAGGUGAAAUGGCUGAAAUGAGAGGGUGGACACAAAGAAGGCUGGUCAAUGCCGAGUUGGCACCUUCUGUAUAUUCAGGAAUUUCUCUUGUCUUCCACCUUUGAUUGUAGUUGAAGAGAAAUGCAUUGAGUGGCUAGGAAGGAAUAUUUAAUCUCCAUAUUAAAACCGCUGAGCUUGUGGAAAUAUUAGGUUUUGGAAUGGUGACUGAAUUUUUUUUUUGUGAAAGAUGGGUGCCAUGUAUGAUGUUACACAUGCUGGGUGAUAAUUGUCAAGGCAAAGGAUCAUUUUUGACAAAAGCUACCAUUUACUCCAGGAAUAGGUCUCGUCAUUCCCAAUGGGCCAAAGUUCCAGUUUUUUAGUGUUUUUAUCUGCAAGAAAAUCAUAGCAACGAACCUUUUUAUAUUGUACAUUUGAGAUCGAAGUUUUUAUGUAAUGGAAAUUGGUCGUCUUAGUUUUUGUAUAGAACCUUUAGAAUUCGAAAUAUGCAGUGUUACUUUUUCACUUUUCUGUUUCCUGAAUUUUAGUCAGGAAAUGGUUCAUUCAUGGCAAUUAGUGUCCUGGCCAUCAAAACAAUAUGCUGCAAUUAAAUAUUCUAGGGAUCAAAUGUGGAGGGAAAGCAGGUAUUUUACUUUUUUAGGAUUACAUCUCAUCUCUACAUUCUUGUUCUUUCAUUUGAAAUCGGGGUAUUAAAUUAUAAUAGCAGCAUUCCUUUGUGGUCACAAAGCCCUAGUGUUUGGAACGGAACGCCAGAGAUGUGCCACUUCCUCUGGGGUGUGGAGGUUUUCUGAAUGGCAGCGGUCUCUCCCUGCAGAGCAGCUGUCAGAUCUGUAGCGCCCAGCUAAACGAAUGACAAUGAUCUGUGGAUGUUUGUAUGUUAUUGUAUCUGAGGUAUUAUGGUAUCAAGAAGUUUUUUUUUUGAAUGAAUAAAAAGUUUAAAAAACUGA